AAAACCUUCUCAAAAAGAGGAUUUUUUGUUUUUUGGCUAAUUUUCAAAAAGCCCAAUUUUCAACAAGAGGUACCAGGUUGAUAGGUCCUAUGUCGGCGAUAACAGUAUGCAGUGAAUGGGAUUGAGCUUUUGUUCAUGCACCCGGCGCAUGCACGCCCACUGGCGAAAGCCAACGGCCUGGCUUCCAUGCAAUUGGCAGUCUACGCGUCUGUGGGCUUACAUGCACCCGUGUCCAUGCAUUUUCUCACGGAACACUCCUCCUCUGCCUCUCUAUAAUCUCCCUCUCUUGAGGCACAGUCUCUUCCAUCCCUCUCCUUCAGUCAGCUUUUCAGUCUUCGCCGGUACGGACAUUGCAUCUGUAGCAUCCAGUGGUCGGAUCUGAAGUCCAACCGUCACCUCGUUGCUGUGAGGUGAUGUAAUGCUCAAGUACUUCCAGCUUAGCUAGCUCCAACGGCACCAACGAACUAACUAAGUCAGGAGAAUUCGGGGUUUACUCUAUGAAAGAUGGCUGACAGCGAAAGAGAUGUACCUGCGAUGCUCUCAGCAGCACAAGUGCAAAGUUCUGCCUAUUAUGAAGAUCCUCAGAUUCGGGUACUACCACCCAGAACCCAAAGUGCAUCAAUAUCCCUUCCUUGGAGCUCCAAAGACUCCGAUCAAAAUCAAACUUAUCCUGUCGGUAAUACCGGACCUUCACGUAGCGAAAGAAAGACAAGAUUCUCAACAAUGAGCGGGCCAAUAUAUGGUGCUCCAAGACCUGAGUCUCUCUUCCACGAGAACCCAGGGGGGGAAGGGCGCAGGGUGGUAGAACUUACAAGACAGAAAUAUCCUUCUUUCAGUAUGACGGAUCCGAACGAUUGGCCUAAAGGAAGCAAUGCUGGUAGAAAUGAGCAUUUGCUGAGGUCUGGGCAGCUGGGCAUGUGCGAUGACCCUUACUGCAGAACUUGCCUGACCUAUUACCAUUAUGACGAAGCAAAACAUAAAACAUCAAAAAGUUCAGGGGAAUUUGAUUCGUUCCAUAACGCCCUGUUCGAGGAUGCAGAGCGAUGGGCAAAGAGAUUUUCAUCUUAUAUUUGCAGCUGUAUACCCUGUGUUAUGAAUCCUGAUGCUAAUGUUGUUCAGCUGUGGAACAAGUUCUUUGUCAUAUCUUGCUUGGUCGCAUUCUUCAUCGACCCUCUGUUCUUCUUCUUGCUGGGAGUUCAAUCGGAUAAUAAGUGCAUAGUUUGGAACAGAAGCAUGACCACGACGAUAGUUGUUUUCAGAUGCGUGACUGAUUUCAUGUACAUCCUUCACACACUUCUUCAGUUUAGGUUGGCCUACAUAGCUCCUGAGUUGAGAGUGGUUGGUGCCGGAGAUUUGGUCAACAAUCCUAAGGAAAUCGCCCUCAAUUACCUGCAAGGGUAUUUCUUCAUAGAUCUCUUCAUUGCAAUACCGCUCCCUCAAAUUACGAUAUUGUUGAUUCUACAACAAUUCAAGGGAUUAUCUGCUGCAAACUAUACCGAAAACCUUUUAAUUGCAGCUGCUCUUGUUCAAUCCAUUCCUCGAUUGUAUAGAUUUUUUACUAUGCUCUCUGGUAUGUCUUCGAUUGGCUUCAUUUUCGAGUCAGGAUGGGCCAACUUCAACAUGAAUAUCCUUGCAUUCGUAUUUUGCAGCCACGUUAUUGGAUCAUGCUGGUACCUUUUUGGGUUUCAGCAGGUCAAUCAAUGUCUUCGAGAUGCAUGCCGCCCUGUCGAUAUGUGUAAUUUCAUGGAUUGUGGACACGGAGAUGAGUUUCAUAAUUUCAGCUCCAAUAUGACGAGAUGGAAUCUUUGGAAAAACAAUAUAAACGCUGCUAACUGCUUUUCCGGGGAUGGUUUCGAUUAUGGAAUUUAUCUUCAGGCUGUCAACCUUACCACGAAAGAUAGCAUCGUCAAGAGAUAUGUCUACUCAUUAUUUUGGGGAUUCCAGACUCUCAUACUGCCUUUUCUCUUUGGGUCGGCAUUUGAUGAUUCUUUGCAAAAGCAACUCAGCACUCUAGCUGGAAAUCAAGUUCCGAGCUAUUCCAUCAGGGAGGUCCUGUUCACCAUGACCAUCAUCGGAUUUGGCCUCUCGCUGUUUACUAGUCUUAUCGGGAAUAUGCAGAACUUUCUGCAGGCUAUUGAAAGAAGGAGGUUAGAGAAGUCAUUGAGACGCCGUGAUGUCGAGCUGUGGAUGAGGCACGUGCACUUGCCAAAAGAGCUGCAAAGGGGAGUUCGUCAAACUGAGAGGUACAACUGGGCUGCCACUCGAGGAAUUGAUGGGGAAAUGGUGAUAGAGAAUUUACCAAAGGAUCUUCAGAGAGAUAUACGACGCCAUCAAUUCGGAUUUAUGAAGAAGUUGCGCAUAUUUAACCCCCUGGAUGUUCUGGUCUUAGACGCGAUCUAUGAGAAGUUGAGGCAUAAGAUGUACAUCCAAGGAAGCAAGAUCUUGAGCCGUGGUGGCCUGGUCAAAAGAAUGACAUUCAUUGUGCGCGGGAAAUUGCUGAGCGAGGGAGAAGACGGGAUCAUGGGUCUUGGUGGAGGGGAUGUUUGCGGAGAGGAGCUUGUGGAAUGGUGCCUUGGGAAUUCUUUUCCAAACGAAGAUGAGAAGAGAAUAAGAGUACCUGGGCAGAGGCUGCACAGUAAUAGGACGGUGAAGUGCUUGACAAAUGUGGAAGCUUUUGCCCUCCGAGCAACUGACCUUGAAGAAGUCAUGAGGCAUUUUGCAAGGUUCUUUCAGAAUCCUCAGGUUCAAGGAGCCAUAAGGUACGUAUCGCCCUACUGGAGAAGCUUUGCAGCAACUGGAAUCCAAGUCGCAUGGAGAUAUAGGAUGAAAUGUAAAACUCGCGACACCAAUUCUCGGUCCCUACACCGUACCCAGUGAAACUCAUGUACUUAUGUCUGCAGAGAAUUUGAGAUAGGCUGUUAUACUGGGCUUCUAGCAGCUCCUAUGAACAGUGAAAUGUAAUAACAUGUCAGCUAGGAUCUUUAAAUUGUACAUAUUCUAUAUAUUUCAGGAUACCUAGAUCAGUUGUUUGGGUCAGUCCUUGUUUAUUAAACUUCAAUGAUAAAGGUGAAAUUAUCUCGUCAUGACUAA